GUAUGAUUUUUUGAUAGAUGUAAUGAAUGGUGAGUACAGCACCAAGUCCAUGAGAGAAGAGGGUGGUUAUGAGGUGAUUAAGAAAGCCAUUGAAAAGCUUGGAUUGAGACACAAAGAGCACAUUGCAGCAUAUGGAAAAGGUAAUGAGAGACGUCUAACUGGAAGACAUGAAACUGCAGACAUCAACACAUUCUCUUGGGGUGUGGCAAAUGGUGCAGUUAGAGUUCGGAGAGACACAGAGAAACAAGAGAAAGCUUACUUUGAAGACAGAAGGCCUGCUUCUAACAUGGAUCCUAAUGUUGUCACCUCCAUGAUUGCAAAGACCAUCAUCCUAUGGAAACCAUAAACACUUGUUUAGACU